AUGGCUAGGAAGCGCAAGUCUGGAGCUGACGUUGCAACCGACGUCCCGCGGGAUCUCAACGAGAUCCCGUACAUCGCGUGGAUCAACAAGCAAAUUCCAUCCGGUCGCAAGCCUGCAGGCCCGCUGCCUGAAGGUGUACCGUCUCCCGGAGCCACCUCGUACGAAGCGCCGCGUGACGUCCCCACGCGCGGCCGUCGUGACGCCGACAGGGUUGCGUCCUCACGCGUCGUCGACGAUACCCCGCUGGACGAUGAUGAGGAUGACGACGGCGACUACCACGACUUCGCCGUCGCCACCGAUGACGAGGCGGACUCAGGCGAGGAGCCGGACAAGGGUAUGUCCGAUUCGGAGGACGAGUCCGAGGACGAGGCUGAGGCGCCAGAGGAGACGCAGCCCUCCGCUCCCGCUACGCGUGCCAGUCGUGCUAAGUCCGCUGCCCCUGCUACCGCCGCGUCUAAGGGCGACGAGCCUCCACGCCGCGGCCCAAAGACCCGCACUCAGGUGCCUGUGAAACGCAGCGUUUGGUCUCCGCUCGAGAACACGAUCUUCGUCGCGGCCCCAUGGUUCAUGAAGGACGAACUGGAGCCCCUGCUCGGGAAGCAGGGCUCGCAGUACUGGGCGCGCCUUGUGCACCAUCUCGAGAAGGAGAACCCGGGGUGGGUUCGCGGCGUCCACGCCAUGCAGAAACAGUGGCGCAACCUCGUGCAGUUCUACAAGCAGUUGAAGAAGGCGGAGAAGGCGUCGGGCAAGGGGACCGUGUGCAAGCCCCCGUGGUACCCGUACAUGGAGUUGUUCCUCAACAACCGGGCAGUUGCUAACCCGCAUGCCGUGGCUGCAGGAGGCGCGACGAACGUUAACGCGCCGUGUGGCUUCAACGUGCCCUCUACAUCGGCGCCUACGACGACUACUCCGACGUUCACUGCCCCCCCCCCGCAGUGCACCCCUCCGUCCAAGCGCCCGCGCGUGAUGGAGACGGCAACUAUGGCGGCCGCCAAGCUCGUCUGUGAGACGAUCAAGGACUGCCACCAGGACGCUAUGAGCAAGCUCGAAGGGCUUGUCCACGCCUGGAUGGAGCAGGAUGAGCGUAUAGCACGUGAACGUCUCCAGCAGACGGCGCCGGCUCCGCCUGCCCGCUACGGCGCACCGCCCGACGCUCCCGCCCAGACGGCCGCGAACGCCACCGAUGGUGGCGACGACGGAUGGUUCCGUCGCGGGCAGAGUGGCGACACGGCCGCUAACCCUGAUGAGGCCGCGGAGCGGGAGGAGGUGAAUGUGAAGAAGGGAAUCAAGGAGGCAGCAAAGCGAGGCGAUAUGGGAUCAGCCAAGCAUCUAGCCAAGGAGCUGGUGCGAUCGCGCAAGGCAAUUAGCCGCAUGCACGAGCAGAAAGCCCAGAUGAACUCCAUUUCGCUGCACCUGGGGGAGAACAUUGCCAUGGCGAAGGUGGCAGGGCACAUGGCGAAGAGCACAGAGGUGAUGAAGCUCGUCAGCGGGCUCAUUAAAGUGCCUCAGGUGGCGGGCACGAUGCAAGAGCUUUCAAAAGAGAUGAUGAAGGCUGGAUUGAUUAGUGAAAUGCUGGAAGAGGCUGUGGACGAUGCUUUGGACACGGAGGAGAUGGAGGAUGAGAUGGAAGAGGAGGUGAACAAGGUUCUUGAUGAGCUGGCAACGGAAGCUACCGCGCAGCUUCCCACAGCGGUGCGGCAAAAGCAGAGGGCGGCAGAGGCAGCAGGGGUGGAGGAGGAGGAUGAGAGGGUGCCUCAGAUGGAGAUGGGAUUGGGAGCAGAGGAGGAGGCGGAAUUGGCCCGGCUUAAAGCGAAGUACAAGUGA